GAGGCGCUCGCCCCCUUGCCGGGAGAGUCCGGCUGAGCCCGCCGCCAGGGGCUCGUUCGCCUGGCAGGAAUGGAGAAGCGGCAGCACGUGAAAUAAAGCCCAGGAGAGGCGCCCGGGCUGUUCCCUGCCGAAAUGAUUCCUCCCAGCAGCGCGGUGGAAGUCAACGUGGAGAAGGAAAAUGACGCGGAAAGCCCCGAGCAGCCCCCCUCGCCGGCCUCCAGCACCAGCCAGGAGUCCAAGCUCCAGAAACUGAAACGGUCGCUGUCUUUCAAGACCAAAAGUUUGCGGAGUAAAAGUGCCGACAACUUUUUCCAGCGGACAAACAGCGACAUGAAGUUGCAGGUAGACUUGCUAUCGGAAAUCAGCCCCAGAACCGGCUACCUCCCUUCCUCAGAAAGUCAGUCAUCCACUCCAACCAAGAUCCACAACCAACAGGAAAGCAACAAGACUCAUGUUUUCCUGGAACACAUCUUCAAAAAGCCCACUUUCUGUGACAUCUGCAACCACAUGAUUGUCGGGACCAAUGCCAAACAUGGACUGCGCUGUAAGGCCUGCAAGCUGAGCAUUCACCACAAAUGUGCAGAGAGCAUUGGACAGCAACGCUGCAUGGGCAAACUGCCGAAGGGUUUUCGGCGUUACUACAGCUCUCCACUACUUAUCCAUGAGCAGUUUGGCUGCAUCAAAGAAGUGAUGCCUAUUGCUUGUGGCAAUAAGGUUGACCCUGUCUAUGAAACACUUCGCUUUGGAACUUCCUUGGCCCAGAAAACCAAGAAAGGCAGUUCUGGGAGUAGCUCCGAUUCACCAAAGAGAAACUCUACGUCAGAUUUGGCAGAGGUUCCCGAGGAAGGAGAUAGUCCAGGAAGCAUGUGUGAUGUCAACAGGAAACGCAGCAACAGCGUAUUUACAUACUCGGUAAACGGUACAGCAGAUUUCGGAGAUGAACCGAAGAACAUAAACUCCCUUGUACAGGGAUCUCUUAAUAAAGACACAAUGCAGAUGAAUGCCUAUGUUGCCUUGUACAAAUUUGUACCACAAGAAAAUGAAGAUUUGGAAUUGAGACCAGGAGACAGGAUCACACUGCUGGAGGACUCAAAUGAAGACUGGUGGAAGGGCAAAGUAGAAGACCGAACUGGCUUUUUCCCCGCUAAUUUUGUUCAAAGAGUACAGCAAGAUGAAAAAGUGUUCCGGUGUAUCCGAACAUUUAUUGGAUGCAAAGAGCAGGGACAGAUGACCCUGAAAGAGAACCAAAUCUGUGUGACUUCAGAGCAGGAACGUGAUGGCUUUAUCAAAGUGUGCAGUGGGAAGAAGAAAGGCUUGGUCCCCGUUGAUGUCUUAGAAAACAUCUGAUGGUCUCCUGCUUAACUACUGCAGUUGUGAUGCUUUGCCGGCAAGGCCUGCUUGCCUCUUCUUGCACUGUGUUGAUCCAAUUUAGCUGUCUUGCAGAAAACCAGGGAAAUCACAAGGCAACGAUCCAUUGAUAUCAGACAUUUAAGCUGCUCUUGUGUGACAAGAAGAUAAUGGAGAAAUGAUGAAAUGGACCAGGCGAAAGGAGCCAAAAUAUGGUGUGUGGAGUUAUAAGGGAGGGUCAGUUUGCUUUAAAAGACAUUCAACUGGAUGAUUUUUCCAAACGAGGCUGCUUACCAUUACCCUGUGUGACAUAGACAACUAAAGUAAACUAUUAAGUUCCUGUUCCUGUGUCUUAAGAAGCCCAUUGGAGGGUUUUGUUUUUCUCAUUUAAAGUGUGGCAGGAUGUGGAAGGGUUCUUCUUCCUUGUACUACAGUUUGACGCUUGAAGUUUAUCAUGUGAGUCCGGUCCCAAAAUGUUGUCGACGGUACUAGCAAUUCAGCAUCAUGUUCGGUUCUGACUUUUCAGUUCUGUGAGUUGUGCAGCCAUCAGUUUGAGGAAAUUUGUCAUGGCCUGGACUACUUUCUGUGUGGAUUCUGAUGUACAUUACUGUGGCAAACUUUGAUCUUACCUAUAUACAAGGCAACAAUUUCAGCACACUUGGAUGUCAAUUAAAACAGCAGGUGCACUAUUUUUUUCCUGUGCAAGCUUAGUCAGGAAUUGCUGGAUCUAUACAAAAAGAAAAAUACAUAGAGCAAGGAACUGGGCUGUCAUGCUUGGGAAGUUUUCUAUUUUUCCGGUACAACUAUUUGAGUAGAUUUUAUAUAUGUAUGUAUAUAGCAUGGUCCUAUUUAUAAGAGUAAUCAGUUCCCUUUCACAAUGAAAAAGCAAAUUACAGAAAGAAACAAAAAAUGUAUUGCCUGACACAUUUAUGAAUGAAUGCAACAACUUAAAAAUUUGAUGAUCUUAUCAGGCCACAAUCCACCAUGGAGUUAAGGAUGUUAAAGCCUAAGUUGGCUACAGGGGGGUAAAAAUGAUAACACUAAAGCCAAAAUUUCACCUGCUGUUCAGAUAUUGCAUUAAUCCACAAGGCAGCUUUAUUCAGAGCUCUGCCCUUCUUUCUUCUGUCUACAUCAAAUGGCCAAUGGAUUGUAAAUGAGGCUGUUCAGCAUCUAUUGGAAUCACUAAGAACACCACCAUUUAGAGACAUAAACUGCAACAAACAACCCUACUGUUGUAUUGUGAGACUCUAGUCCCUUCCUCUUUUGUUAACCAAUUAUGCAGCCAUUUUUAAUUUUUUAAUUUUUUUACAAACUUUAAAUUUGCUUCUAAACACCACACAGCAUUACUACAUGUAAGGGAAAUUAAUGCAAGGGCAGAGGAAAGGGGGGUGAGAUUAUUAGGGGGAAAACUCCUUCCCCCCCCCCACACGCACACACAGGUUUUCUUUGUUUUGGCAUUCGAAGUACAGUGAAUUUGGAGUAUCCCCACAACAUCGUCCUCUAGUCUUCCACUGCCCAGGUUUUCCCUUGCUUUGGCUGUUUCUCAAACUUCCUUUGAACCAGUAUUUUGGGAAAGCUUGCAGUCAAAGUGUGUUUGCUAGAAGAUUCCAUUUUUUGCAAGUCCUGUCCACAUUGGCACUAUUUCUUUGCCUCAGCCACCAUUCCUCUUACCCUCAUGACCAGAGGUUGUUCCCCCCACCAAGCAUUCUGUUUCAAAAUAGGUAAUUGCUGUACUGCUAUAGCAAUUCAGCAAUUCCACCAAAAAAAAACCCUCCAGUUGUAUGAGGGGGAGGGGUUCAUAGCUGUGAGAGGCUGAGUCAAACAAAGUGUGAAGGAAACGACCAUGUGGAGGCUGUGUUGGUGCUGGAAGUGACUUUGCAUUCACAGUGGCAACAAGAUCUGCGUGGACAUUCAUCGCUGUGUGGAAACAGCCCAGGGCCCCUAUUGUAUUAAUAUUGACCUUUAUUUCAACAUACAACCUCUCCCUAGAAAAUCAUGUGUGGCCCACUGAGCUCAAUGACUCCUUAGCAUUUAGGGUUGCCAGGUCCCUUGGAGCCCAACCCAGGGGAUGGGGGGGGGGUUGUGCAGGGGGGACUCGUCCUCCGAG